UGCCGGCAGCCGUGCAUUUACGCGGAGGACGUGAACGCGCGCGUAUCGUCCGCCACGGUUUCCGUCGGGAACACGACUUUACCGAUCGAAGGUCACCAGGAAAAGCUCGACAGAGAAGGAGAGCUUGGACUUCGACGGAAAGCUUGGUUCUUCCCUAUUAGUGGCCCGAUACAUUCGUAGGUGCACGGGUGUUAGCUAUCGAUCCCGCUGUCCCGAUUCCCUGCAUGUUCAUUGGCGCCUCGGUUGCUAACAGUGCGUCGUAUGGUACAGUGCGGGCUCCGUUCGAUCAGUGCUGUUGUGGCCCUACUGUUAACGAUAUAUUUGUGCAACUUUAUUGCUGACCGGCUCGUUUAGGGUGAUUGUUCGGAGCCGUCAGUCGGAGGGGAACUCUGCGCCGUGAUCCAUUAUCGUUGAACGUAUCCGUGAUCGACAAUGGAUACCCGAGGAGAGAUCGUGCCUGUGCUCCUCUGAUGAUCUCUAUCCUCCAUGGGCAGAUACUACGAUUCAACGACUGGCAGCAGAACCAUUAGGAACGAUCCAGCUAGCUUAGGAUCAUGGAAUUCUACGACGUGGGAACCAGCGACCUUAGGGAGUUGUGGGAGUCUUACCUCGCCGAGCCGGGCCUCGGCCAGGAUGUUUCAUUGGGAAGCAAGGAAGAGGAAUGGGGCAACGUGCUCUGCGUCCGAGACAAAUCCUCUUUGGGCGUGGUGUUGAGGGAUCGUUUGAUGACUGACGCUGCUCUCGGCGGUCCAAGACUGAUCAAAUCGGAGCACAGUUACAGCCUCCUAGCGUCCAGUCCACCUCCGAGUCCGGCGACCCCCGGAGCAAAUCCCCACACACCGAAUUCCGGAUCAUCCGCCGACACGGUUCCCGCAUCCCUCGCCAAUACCAGUUCCUCCAUAGACCCCAGCAAUCUGGAUCAUCAUAAAUCAUUGGACAUUCGCGGCAGAAUGGACGAUAUGGAGGAGGAGUGUUUCCCGGUUAUUUCGAUGAACACCAGCACAGGGCGCAGCGAGCUGUCGUCGUCGUCGUCAUCGUCGACGACGUUGCCUGCGUCGUCUACCUCAACGAUUAUCCUAAAGAGAACCAGCAACCUAGUACCUGAAGAUGUGGAAUGCGUUGAGAUCAAAGGGGAACCGCUCAGCGCGCCCAAUAGUCCCUCGGAGUCCUGUCACACGACGAUAGUCGACGACAAGAGCACGAUAACCAUGGUGUUCCCCCAGAGCCUUCAUUUCCCCAAGAAUCACAUGUCGCAGACCAGCGACAGCGAGGAGGACGACGAGGAAUAUUAUCAGAGCAUGGAGGUGGAGGAGUACAGCGGCGAGGCGUGCGACGUUAAAGAGGUGAAUUCGCGGACGUCGAGGCAGGGUUUGCCGCCGACGCCGCCCAGCAGUGCAAGCUCCGACAGCGAGGGUACCGCUUCCGCUUCCUGCUCGCCGGAACGCCGAGAUUCCCAGAGCUCCACGCACGCACAGAAUCUCAGGGGCCUGCUGACGCCCAGGCUGUACGUGACGAACAGUAGUACGCACACCACACGGCAGCCGAUCCACACACCCCUGAUUUCCUGCCAGCCGAAAGGCUCCACGGGAAUUCUCACGCUGACCGAGGAGGAGAAGAGGACGCUGAUCGCCGAAGGAUACCCGGUGCCCACCAAGCUGCCCCUCACCAAGCAGGAGGAGAAGUCGCUGAAGAAGGUGCGGAGGAAAAUCAAGAACAAGAUCUCCGCGCAAGAGUCACGCCGGAAGAAGAAAGAGUACAUGGACGGUCUGGAGCGACGAGUGACCAUGCUGACGAACGAGAACUCCUCGUACAGGGACCGGCUGAACGCGUUAGAGGACACGAAUCGCGAGCUGCUGAAGGAGCUGCAACGCCUGCAGUCCCUGCUGCAGAUGCAGAACUCCUAAGAGCCUGGCCCAGGAGCAGAACUCUCGUGUGCCGCGGGGACUUCGGAUAUUUCGUCCCAAAAUUUGAAGACUGCCGGCCAAGCAGUCCUCUCAGUAGUGUUCCUGAUGCGCAAACGUCGCAUCGGGACCGUGUCGGUGCAAUUUCAAUUCGGCCCAUCGAGAAAGCGGGCCUGGCUGGGGCCUCGGUCCCAUUAGUUAGCUUCUAAGUCAGUGAGGAAAGGCCGAGGGGAGCCUGUUUCCCAGGGAGCUCGUGCAAUCCCGUUUACAUUCCUGCGAAGUCUUCCCAUCGAGGAGACGGGUCGAGUAUUUCGGAUCGCUCUGUUCAACGACCAAUUUUUUAACCUAAGAUUAGUCUUCCCGGUUCCGUCGCGGAGGGGAAUCGAAGAGGUUCGGUGUCCAUUGACCGGGAGUGCCUUCUGUCGCUGGUUUCGGUGUCCCUUCAUCCCGAGGAAGAUCAGCCGUGAUCCAAGCGCCGAUCUUCGGGCGAGAACCCGCCUCGAACUUCGACGACCCUGUCAAACCUUCGCACAAGGUGGUCCAUCUAAACGGGAUCCGAAUGCCCAUUCGAACUCCCAUAGUGCUAGAAAUUUGCUGGCGAGUGACGACUUUAAGGAGGCUGCCGCGAUGACCUUGAUCACGAUUUCAUCUCCCGAGGAUAUUCUCCUGAAUGGCCUGAAAUAAAUGUUACUAGUAGGCCAGUGGUUACUGUGGAGUGGACCAAUUACUGUGCCGUUGUUUUGCUUGCCAGCGUAACUGACUGUAUAUUUUUGGAAUAAGAAAUAUUACAUUUUUCAAUUGAAAUAUAAAUGGCAUACGAAAAUAUAAAAUUUAAUAUAUAACAUUAAUUAUGCUGUGCCUUUGUCUUAUUUCCGGGCAUGAUUAACUUCAUAUUUAUCGAAUAAGACAUAUCAAAUUUUCUUGUUCUUUCAUUUUGUGUAUUUUUGAAUGAAAAAAUUAACAGAGCAGUUGUACUAAGACAAAUGUUCGCUGAUCUAAUCAUUGUAUUAUUUAGACACAUUAUUAUCUAUUAGAGAGCUUGAAUGAAACUUUUAGAUAAUAGAAUAUUUUGGCAUCAGGGGAUAUUAUAAAAAUAAAUAUUGCGAUAAGAGAGUCUCUACUGUAUGUCUUAUUUGACAAAUAUAAACUUAAUUACACCCGAAAACGACGCAAAGGCACGGUAAUCGGUCACCCCACAGUAACUAGCUCCACUAGGCCAUUUAUUAUAGUCUAGACUUCGAUCAUCGUGGAAAGAAUAAUCGAAGACCUUCAGAGUUCUGAAAUAACGACCUUAGAAAAAAUAUAUUCUUACCGAGCAUCGGAUGAGAAUGCUUCGCUUAUUAAUUAUAGUUCGAAGAGAUAAUCAGCUGCACCUCCUUAGAUGGACCACCCUGCACGUCUAUUGUCGAUGAUUUACGAUUUAUUGCGCUGCAUUUUUGUAAACAAGUACCAAAAUGAUGGAAUCGGUCGACAGAAGGAUUCGAUCGAGUUUUUUUUUUACCGUAUCGAUCCCGACGAAUUUCGAUCGGCGGUUGUCGAAGCUCCAGGCCUCGCCCGGGUCGCCCUCGUGUCCGCAUAAUUACCGAACAUAUUAACCGUUCGAGCGAAGACCGCGAAACGGUUUAUUGAGAAAUGAUUUCGCGCGCCACACGCUCGGCAAGCGGGAUCGUCGCGAAAAAUCAAAAAGCCAAGAGACACGUUCGACCGCUCCGAAUCAAAUAAGGAGGGGAUGUUAAUAGGUAAGCGUGGAGAGAGUUUAUUAACUAUAUUAUAUAUAAAUAAAUAUAUAUAUAUAUAUUAA